AUGGAGCGUGCAGCGAAACAACGAAGACUCUCCGAUGUGGAGCCUGGCAAGCAUUGCGAGUGGGUGAAGGGAGAGCUCGAAGCCAUGGAAUACUCCGAAGAUAUCGUCACAAAGGUGUGCGAAAGUCUGGCUGGAUACACGCGCGUGAAUCUACGAGAAGCUUCGGUUGACAAUCUGACAUUGAUUAUCGGAAAGAAGUUGGACGAUGCAAUGAUGGUUAUAGCUAUAGCGCAAUCACUCUACAACCGUAUUCAUCCAGAGCUGUUGCAACCAGCUGAAUCCGUUCAGGAUGAAGACCCACUUUGCCAGUGGAUGGAGGAGGCACUUGGACAGAAACCCAAAGACUGGGAGGCCAACUCUGUAUACAGCUUCAAGACAGACAUCCUGGGCGAUGGCUACAUGCAAAAGGACCUCGUUUUGCGCACUUGCUAUGUACAGAUACGUGCAAUACUCACAGGCUGGUUGAAAGAAAAGUUUGAAUUGGAAACUCCGCGGGGGUUGUUUGUCAUCACUGGUACUCCAGGCAUUGGCAAAUCAGUGCUGUUGGGCUAUAUAGCUGUGUACUUGGCCAAUGAGUAUGACCUCGUCAUUCGCAGGCACCACAAGGCUUUGUUCAAAGGUGGGAGCGAGGAAAGUGUGCAGAAUGCCCACGAUCUUCUUGGUGGAAGUGUGCGAUGGCUGAGGCGAUUUUUCCGGUUUGUAAGAGAUGGCAAGACGCCAGAUGAAGCCGCCCGAGAGCUGAUACGUGAGUGCAUCCAGCACUUGGACACAUUUGAAUCGUUGGAGAGGUUGGUGCGAUCUCUUCCCAGUGGCAAGGCAGACACGAAGGAGAGCUUGGCAAGUUCUAUAAUGCAAAUUGAUGCAGACCACUCUGACAAUUUCAGCACCCCCAGGGUGCAACUUAUCGAUUCGGAGGCUGCCAGGGAAGAAAUCUGCAACAAACUCCAGAUCACAAGUGCAGAAGACCAACGCCGUUUCGUCGACAAGUUUCUUCACAUGAAGGAGCUGAGCAUCUUGGUUGGAAAUGUCUUUCAGCGCCUGGUGAUGGGGCGGUUGACAAUGGAUGGAGAGAAACCAUUGAAGCUUCAAUGCAGACCCCUAGCUUUGACUGAAGGGGAGAAGGCAAUGCAGUGUGAUGUUCCAAACCACCGGUUGAUGAUGCAGCCGAAAGAUAUCAGCUGGGUCAUCAUUGCGCCGAAAGGGAUUGCGUCCAAUUACAGCGUCAUGCAGAAUGUGGAAGGUGAGUGGAACGAAGGUUCCACGGUUGGUAUCAAGAUGGCAUUCUCGAGGAGUCCGCUGCUGGCGGUUAGCCUGAUCGCUUGCUCUUUGCUGCUCCUCUGCCCAAGUGCCUUCCUCUCGGCGCCCUCGCAGCGUGUUGGUCUUGGAGCUGCUGCUGCAACUGCUGCCUUGGCCCCUGCGGCUCCGGCAUUUGCUGGCGAGCCGCCCAGCGUCGGAAUCCACUGGUACUGGGAUCUCGGCAUCGGAAACCUGCAUGGCGAGGUGGCUGUUGUCAUCUUCUGGGUCUUCUUCGUGCUCGUCGUCUUCGCUGCAGCGGGCGCCGGUGGCUCAAGCAGAAAGGCUGCCUAA